GCGCAUGCGUAAACAUUUUACUACACUCAGACAGAAAGUGAGACGGUAACGAGCGGCGUGCUUGGAAGUGGCGCAUUGUUAAAUGAGUAACAUUUGUAACGGCUGUAAGUCUUGGAUUUUGCCUUGUUAUUGACUUUUACCGCUUCGAGUCAAGAUGUUUGGCUUUCAUAAGCCAAAGAUGUACCGCAGCCUCGAUGGAUGUUGCAUCUGCAGGGCUAAGUCCUCCAGCUCUCGUUUUACUGACAGCAAACGCUAUGAGAGAGACUUUCAGAGCUGCUUUGGUUUAGGUGAGACUCGCUCUGGUGAAAUCUGCAAUGCUUGUGUGCUGCUGGUGAAGCGGUGGAAAAAGCUUCCUGUUGGUUCUAAGAAAAACUGGAAUCAUGUGGUGGAUGCCCGAGGAGGACCCAGUCUGAAAACAACAGUUAAGUCAAAGAAAGUCAAAUCCUUAUCCAGACGAAUCAGACCAAACCAGAUCACCCGGGUUCAGAAGGAACUGAAAAGACACAAUUCGGACGCUCACAGUACUACCUCCAGUGCAAGCCCAGCCCAAUCGCCCAGCUACAGUAACCAAUCAGAUGAAGGGUCUGAUUCUGAAUUGGCACCUGGGUCCACCCGCUCUCCCGUCUUUUCCUUCCUGGACCUGACGUAUUGGAAAAGGCAGCGGAUAUGCUGUGGCAUCAUCUAUAAAGGUCGCUUUGGUGAGGUCCUGAUUGAUCCUCAUCUCUACAAGCCCUGCUGUCAGAAAAAACAAGAGCAAGAGCAGGAGGAAGAUGAGGAGGAGGAUGAAGAAGAAGAAGAGGAGGAGGAUGAGGGUGACCUUGAGAAGGAGGAGGUGCAAAGCAGUCAAGAAAUGAUUUCUUCCACUCAGCCACACUCGCCUUCUCACCAAAUAAAAAUGGAGCAGAAAGUGGAUGGGGAAUGGUGAUGUCACAUUCCCAGGGUACUGAUUUGGCAUUCUUAGGAAGCCUUUGAGAGCGACUGAGGGCAACACUGCAGCCCCCUGACUCUCGAAGACGUUCUCUCGGAUUGCCUUCGAUUCAAGAGCAGCUGGAUCCUUCUUUCUUUCUUUCUGGUUAAGAAUGUGUCUCAGUUCUUUGGCCAUCGAGUCAAAUUGUUUAUUAAUCAGACUGAAUCCGUAUCUUAUUUUCCAGAGCUUGGUACCACGCUAUUCCAAUUCACUCCUUGUGUGGAGUUUCCUGCUCUUUUUUUUUACAACAAGGUUAUUUAUCUAAGUCGCAGAAUGCUGGAUCUACAAAUUGUGCAUAAAAACGGAGACCCGACUUCGUGACCACACUCCUGCACUGUCACUAUUGUACCCUUAAGUGGGGUGCUGUAUCACCAUUGUGCCCUUCCUCUGAGAUGACUGUCUCAGUAGUUAGUGUACAGUAUUUAGUGAACAGCAAGCAACAAAAUCUAGGUAAAUAAAAAAGAAUGUCCUACACUUUUGUGGGCACAUAACCAUUAUGUAUGGAAACUUUUGAUCCUUUCAUUUUUAUAUAUCGAUAUUUAUUUUAUUUUGUGCAACUCUUUCUUGUUAUGGCCGCCCUAUUCCAGUUUUUCUUGGUUUGGUCUUAAAGCAAGAGUUCACCCAAAAAUGAAAGUUGCCAUUACUCACCCUCAUAUCGUUCCAAACCUGUAUGAUUUGAUUUUGUGUAUUUAUGAAGAAUAUCAUGGCUGCUGUUUUUUAUAUAACAAUAACAAAAAUUAAAAAACUGCAUAAUAUAGCA